CUUUGACGGGGCUCGGGUGGUCCUCUGGUGGUACUUUUCUGCAUUCAAAAUGACAUAAAUUUUAACAUAAACUGACUGAGAUUUUUCACAACUGGAGAAGAUCAACUCUCAGUCCAGACAGAGCGAGGUGGUGCAGGUUUGAACGGGUUUGUCGCUUCGUCCGGUACAGAUUGAGGACAGAAUGUGGAUGUUGGUCCUUCAGUUGAUUUGCACUGGUUUGUGCCUAAAGGUAACAGUAUCCUACCAAACAUGCCGUUUGAGGGGACAAAGAGCCUGGUGUGGCUUUCAGAACCACUACUGGGUUCCUGCUCUGCCCCACAACAUCACCCACCUCUAUCUGCAGAGUAACCACAUCAGUGAGAUUAACAGCACCUCGCUCAGAGACUUUAAGGAGUUGCAAGUAUUAAAUCUUGAAAGUCAGGCUCAAACACUCGUCAUAUGGAACAACGCUUUCCUCGGGCAGAGAAAGUUAACAGAAUUGAUGCUCGGCUCUAAUCUGGGCCUCAAACUGCAGCCGAGGGCAUUUGCAGGACUGUUCAAUUUACAAAACCUGUCUUUGUAUUAUUGUAGUCUGACAGACUCCAUACUAUCAGAAAGCUAUCUGGAACCACUUUUGUCCUUGGAAGUCCUUGAUCUCUCGUUCAACAACAUAACGAGACUGCGGCCAGGUCCAUUCUUUUCAAGAUUCAGAAAGUUCACGCAGCUGAAACUCAAACUAAAUAAGAUCGAAAACAUAUGUGAAGAAGAUCUUGUAAGUUUCAGGGGUAAAAGGUUUGAGCUCCUGAACUUGGACUCCAACAAGUUAUUCCACAAUGAUGAAUGGGGAAACUGUGGGAACCCUUUCAAAGAGCUAGCCUUCGAUGUUCUCGAUUUAACCUCCAGUGGACUAAAUGUGAACGAAACAAGGCAGUUUUUCAAAGCAUUAGAAGGGACUCCGAUUUCUCAUCUUAAAUACUCUGGAAUCUUGGGCAAAGGGUUUUCACAUGAGAACUUCCCAGAUCCAGAUAAAAACACAUUUGAAGGCCUGAAAAACAGUGCAGUGAAAAGUUUGGAUGUCUCUAACAACCGCAUAUUUGCUUUGCAGAGUGCCGUGUUCAGUCAUCUAAGAGAUGCAAAGAAGAUCGAUAUUUCACUAAACAGAAUCAAUCAGAUUAACAGAAAUGCUUUUGAUGGUCUUCAGGAUCAUUUACUAAUACUCAACUUGUCAUCCAACCUUUUAGGACAAAUACAUUCUCACACAUUCACCAAUCUGAGAGAACUUAGGAUAUUGGACUUGUCCCAAAACCACAUUGGUGUUUUGGGAUACAAAGCAUUCAGCGGUCUCCCUAACUUACAGUAUUUAGAUCUGGCAUCAAACUCACUGCGAGAACUGGGUUUUCCUACAUCACUACCAAAUUUAGAAUAUCUGUUUUUGAGAGAUAAUAAGUUGAAAUCUCGCAAUGGAAUUGAUGACUUGGCCAUGAACAGUAUCCAUGUCGAUAUUUCAGAAAAUAGAUUAACAAAUAUGGAGGAUGUAUUUUUCAUUUUAACUUAUUUCCCGAGACUUCGGGUUUUAUUCUAUGGUGACAACAUCAUCAAGUGGUGCAAACGAAACUAUGUGUUUGAACCUCUUAAUAACAGUUUGAAAGUGCUAGAUCUUCAUGAUAGUUCCCUGCAGAUAAUUUGGGCACAGGGGCAGUGCCUCGACUUGUUUGACCAUCUUGAAAAUCUGAUCGGUUUAAAUAUAAGCCUUAAUUCACUCACGACCCUCCCAAAUGGGAUCUUCAGGGGUCUCAGCUCAAUCAUAGAGAUGGACCUUUCGUACAAUGCCUUGACCUUUUUGCAGCCAGAUGUUUUUCCCAUCAGCCUGAAAUGGCUCCAUAUUUCAAACAACUUCCUAGCCUCCCCCGACCCUAUGACAUUUCAGUCUCUCAGCAUUCUCAGUCUGUCAGCAACUCGCUUUCACUGUGACUGCAAUCUGGGGAACUUCCUGGAGUGGCUGAACACGACUAAUGUCACGUUUUUGAGCCCAAUUGAAGACUUAAGAUGCGAGUUUCCAGCUGCUUUCCAGGGCCUUCCUCUGCUGAAUUACUCCACAAUCAUCGAACCAUGUGAGACGGAUCCCGAACAGGCAGUCCAAGGUCUAAAGUUUGCUGUCUUCCUUUUCUCUGCCUCACUCAUCAUUAUUGUCCUUCUUACUGGAAUCAUUUACGCUCGUCUCCGAGGACAAAUAUUCAUCAUCUACAAAAAGAUCAUCAGCAGGGUUCUCAAGGGCCCCAAACUGAUGCCUCUUGUGGAUGAGAUGAGGUAUGAUGCGUUUAUCUGUUUUAGCAACAGGGACUACCGGUGGGUGGAGGCUGCUUUACUAAAGAAGCUGGAUAACCAGUUUUCAGAAGAGAAUCUUUUUCACUGUUGUUUCGAGGCCCGAGACUUCCUGCCAGGUGAGGAUCACCUUUCAAACAUCAGAGAUGCCAUCUGGAGCAGCAGGAAGACUUUGUGCAUUGUCUCUAAGGAUUUCCUUAAAGAUGGCUGGUGCUUGGAAGCGUUUACUUUAGCCCAAGGCCGGAUGCUGGAGGAACUGACGAAUGUCUUAAUUAUGUUGGUGGUAGGGAAGGUGGCUCACUACCAGCUGAUGAAGUGCAAUGCAGUCAGAGCUUUUGUCCAGAGGAAAGAGUACCUCACUUGGCCAGAGGACCCUCAGGAUAUGGAGUGGUUUUAUGAACGUCUCAUCUCAGAUAUACUCAAAGACAGUAAGGUGAAAAAGCUCAAAGAGGACAAGCCUGAGCCCGGGGGGCCUGAAGUUCAGCCGGAGAGCCACGACGGGAUUAAUGCCGAGAACAUAAAAGAAACUUCCAUGUGAACUUUGUUUCUGCUGCUGUUUAGGAAGCCUACUGUCCUGUGAAAAUGAAAACUGGUGGCUUUGUAAAACGCAGCAACAGAUUCAGCAGACCUUGUGAUGCAAAGAGAAGUCCAAGAAUGCCUAAACAAUGGUACAGUUCUUGGAUUUAGAGCAGGUGCAUCUAUACCAAACAUAAAGCCCAUGGCUGGAAUCAGCCCGGCAAAGACUCCAAGCUGACCCACUUGAUUGCUUUGCAAUUUAUUAAGGAAGGCAUAGACUUUGGACCUUUAACUUUUUCUCUACGUUUUACAACUUUUCCUGCUAAUAAAAGGCCUAAAAGACUCAAAGUAAUGGAAAAACUUUUACAGCUUGUACAAAUAAAUUUGUAUUUCAGUGAUUCCUGAGAUUAGGGACAAAACGGGUUUUAAUUUUCUAAAAUAUAUUUUUUGAUUUUUCAAAAACAUAUUUACAUACAAUUGUUACACAAAGUUUUGGCUGUCUAGCUGAUAUAUAUAUAUAUAUUUCCAGUCCUGUGGUCUCAGCCUCAGAUAC